AUGUCUUCCCGCUCAGCCUCAAUAGACUCGGCAGACUCGGCGCCCCCACCUCAGGACGAGCAGGGCCCAGCUCGUAUCUAUGCGGUCUACAAGAACUCCUUCCGCCGGCACUAUGAGAUCAAAUCACUGGACGACCAAAUCCUCUUCUACGCUGAUGUCUCCUCAUUGACACGGAACAAGCCCGAUAUCACCCUUCAUGCGGGAACCGACACCAAUGCACCCAUUGUGGCGGUCAGCCAGUUCCUCAAACUGUCAAGCAACUACAAACUCGGUCUAGGCAACCCCGAUGACCCAGGAAACAUGCAAUGGGAGGAUAUGACACGCGAGAGCAUUCGCGCCAACAAGCACCGCAUUGAAAUGAACAUUCGCAACUCCCCCGGUCCAGACACUCCCGCCCAGAGACGCUCUUUUCUCUGGAAGCGCACUCGCCAUGUCGUGGUGGACGACUCGUCGCGGAGAUGGGGGAGCGUGCGCAACUACAAGCUGGUGGACGAGAGCUCCGACCAGGUCGUGGCUAUUUUUACGAGCGAGCGGACUUACAACAAGUGUGGGAAGAUCCAGAUCAAGGUGGAAUAUGGGGACGAUUUUGAUCGAAUUGUCUUCAUUUCCUGCUUGAGUUUGUAUGAGAAGGCCAAACGGCGCGCUCGGGCUGCAUCGGCAGGCGGCGGUGGCGCUUAG